GAAGGAGAGAAAACUGGACGAACGGCCGAGAGCGGAUGGAAGGAGCAGAAAAGCCCGCGGGAUCGGAGAGCGCGUUACUUAAAGGAGCUUCUUCCACCCUGGAGUUCGCGCGCUCAGUCCGCGCUUUUGCGCUUUGCGCUCCUUGCCACGACGCGCAGUCCCAGCAUUUCCUCAGGGGGGCGUCCGUCGAUCGCACCGCAGGGGAGACGGGGCGUCCUGCCGGGUCUUUCCUUCUCGAUUAGAAGGCGCGCCGGUCUUUUCUCCUAAUCGCCGUGCGCGCCAUUUCAUUACGGGAGCUUCGCCUAAAUCCCAUCCAAAGGCAGUCUCCGCCCCGUUUGCGUGUGUGGAAACCUUCUGCUUAGCCCGCGUCGGCUUCCCUUAGCGCCGUCUGGCUUCUGCGGACUCAGGACUUGCGCGCGGCGGGCUCUCUUCUCGUUUCCCCCUUUUCCCCACUUGGAAGCUCCUCCCAGAUCAUCCCUACAUUUUUUUUUUUUAAUUAUCUAGUGGCGUCGCCUCGGAUUGCCGAUCCAACCUUUAACACGCUUUCAAGUCAACUUGCCCAAACUUUGAUUCAAACAAUAUUUGGGGGAAGGCUCAAGGGGCCGUCCGACCUGAGCCAAAAAAAAAAAAAAAAAAAGAGAGAGAGAACAUGGGUUUAAACUACCGAGGUGGUCGCAGCUGCCCCCGCCUGGCGCUCCUUGUAUUGGUUUGUUGCGUCGGACCUCUCGCUGCCAACCGGAGAAAUAUCCCGCGGCGACAAGAUAGGUUGGGGCCUCCUGUGGACAUAACACUGGAUUCUUUGAACUGCACUGCACUUAGUAUUCAAUGGAGAAUGCCUCAGCAGCAUGCAGAUACCAUCACAGGGUAUACUGUGUUCUACACUGAAGUCAAGGCUGAUGAACCCAUUAGACAACAGUCUCAUGAUGUACCUCUCAGUUUGGAUAUGUUCGGUAUGGGUCAGAUGGACAGGCAAGCAAUUUUUGAAGUUGUUAUUGGAGAUCUGAAGCCAGGGACUCUGCAUACUGUCAGCAUAGGAGCUUAUGGUUGGGCAGGAAGAGGCAAAGCCAGCAUGCCUAGAAAUGUGACAACUCUAUCACAAGAUAAAUGUAUGCCUCCAGCUCCACCUAGUCAGCCUCAAGUCAUUGUUGUUUCAGACUCAGAGGUUGCUUUAUCAUGGAAACCAGGGCCAAGUGAAGGAAGUUCUCCAAUUGAGUACUACACUGUGGAAUUUAUCAGACCCGAUUUUGAUACCAAAUGGACAGCAAUUAGAGAGCAGAUCCAGAUGGACUCUAUGAUCCUGAAGGGGCUAACUCCAAACGACAAGUAUCGGUUUGCUAUCCGAGCUACAAAUUCAUAUGGGUCCAGCCUGCCAAGCAUUGCCAGUGAUAUAAUCAGAAUGUUCCACCCGGAAGAGUUAGGGAGUGGAAGCUACGGACAUCCAUACAUGACUGAGUCUGGAAAUGGUGAUGAUGAUGAUGGAAUUGACAUUGAUGAUUCAGACUCUGACAUUUAUAUCGAUGAGCUCAAACCACUUCCUGCUAUCAAAGGAGGCAAUACAAAUUUUUUGGUUGAAACCAACAUAAUACAAGGAUCUAAUGCAGAACUCCUUUCUGGGCUGCUUUCACCUACUACAUAUCCUGUCAGUUCUAUGGCAACAACUACAUUCCUACCACGUGCUACUAUCCCUUCCAGCAUUACUGCUAAGGCCAUCAGGAGGAACAGCGGGACUUCAGUUGUACGACAAUCUGAUCAGUCCUGUGAUGAAACCAUCUGCUCUACCAACAGCUUUUGCAUCAAUGAUUAUGAGCGGAGUGGCUCUCGUUGCCAUUGCAACCUUGGCAAAGGAGGGGAGAGUUGUUCAGAAGAUAUUAAUAUUCAGUAUCCUCAAUUUUUUGGAUAUUCCUAUAUCUCCUUUGAGCCUCUUAAGAAUUCCUAUCAGACAUUCCAGAUUACUGUUGAAUUUAUGGCAGUAGCAGAGGAUGGUUUGCUUCUGUAUUGUGGAGAGAAUGAGCAUGGUCGUGGUGAUUUCAUGUCACUGGCAAUCAUCAGGCAAAGCGUUCAGUUCAGGUUCAACUGUGGAACUGGAAUUGCAACAAUAACAAGCAAGGACAAAAUUAAACUGGGCAGUUGGCACAGUGUGACUGUAUUUAGAGAUAGAAUAGAUGGAUGGCUUAGUUUGGAUAACAGUCCACAAGUUCCUGGUAAAUCUCAGGGUCAAUAUAGCAAAAUUACUUUUCGGACUCCCUUCUAUCUUGGCGGUGCUCCCACAGCCUAUUGGCUUGUAAAGUCAGUAGGAAUCAAUCAUGGCUUCCAAGGGUGUGUUCAAUUACUCAUUAUUAAUGGCAAGCCUAUUGACAUGAGACCCUGGCCUCUGGGAAGAAGCCUUAGUGGGGCAGAUGUUGGUGAAUGUAGCAGUGGGAUUUGUGAUGAAGCUUCUUGCAUUAAUGGUGGUACCUGCACGGCCAGCAAAGCAGAUCAAUACAUCUGUCUUUGCCCACUUGGAUUUAAAGGCCGCCACUGUGAAGAAGUUUUCACCCUCACCAUACCUCAGUUCAAUGAGACAUUGAAAUCUUUUGCUGUUACUCCCUGGCCAUUAGAACCAGUCAGCUAUCUUUCUUUCAUGGAAUUUGAGAUUACAUUUCGUCCAGAUGUGGCAAAUGGUGUCCUGUUGUAUAGUUACGAUACAGGCAGCAAAGACUUCCUGUCCAUUUGCAUUGUGGACAGCUAUGUGGAAUUCAGGUUUGACUGUGGCUCAGGAACUGCCAUUAUCAGGAGCAAAGACCCCAUCAGUUUGAAUCAGUGGCAUCAACUCAAAGUGUCGCGCACAGCAAAAAAUGGCAUUUUGCAGGUUGAUCAGCAAACUCCACUAGAAGGAAUGGCAGAGGGAGCUUUCACACAGAUUAAAUGUAAUCCUGAGAUCUUCAUAGGUGGAGUACCAAAUUAUGAUGAUGUGAAAAAGAACUCCGGUGUUCUGAAACCAUUCUCUGGAAGUAUUCAGAAGAUAGUUUUGAAUGACCGGACAAUAGAUCUGAAGCAAGAUUUCACAGCUGCAAUCAACUUAGGGAACACAGUCCAUCCUUGUGUGAGUGCCCCCUGUGAUAAUGGGGGCUCCUGUGUGCCCAAGAAAGAUGGGUAUGACUGUGAUUGCCCUUUGGGUUUUGAAGGGCAAAACUGCCAGAAAGAAUGUGGAAAUUACUGCUUGAACAUUGUGAUGGAAGCCAUUGAAAUUCCACAGUUCAUAGGUCGCAGCUAUCUUACAUACGACAAUCCAAACAUUCUUAAAAGAGUGUCAGGAUCAAGAACAAAUGUGUUUAUGAGAUUUAAGACUUCACUGAUGGAUGGUCUAUUGUUAUGGAGAGGUGACAGCCCAAUGCGAUCCAACAGUGACUUCAUCUCCCUUGGUCUUCAGGAUGGUUCCCUGGUCUUCAGUUACAAUCUGGGCAGUGGCAUUGCUUACAUAAUAAUGAAUGGCUCUUUCAAUGAUGGCAGAUGGCAUAAAGUUAAGGCAGUUCGGGAUGGACAAUCUGGGAAGAUCACAGUUGAUGAUUAUGGUGCCAGAACUGGAAAAUCACCAGGAAUGAUGAGACAGUUGAAUAUCAAUGGGGAUUUAUAUGUUGGGGGAAUGAAAGAAAUAGCGCUGCAUACAAACAGACAAUAUAUGAGAGGUCUCGUAGGUUGCAUUUCACACUUCACACUUUCUACAGAUUUUCAUAUUUCACUAGUUGAAGAUGCAGCUGAUGGGAAGAACAUUAACACUUGUGGGAGAAAGUAACAGACAGAAAUCCAUCAUCACACAGAUGAUAGCGUUGUGUAGCAGCAAAAUGACUGAUCUUGCACAGUGAAGACUUCUCCCACGAAACACCUGGAAGAGUGAAUCGGAAGUGAAGUGAAAGCAAAACAAAAGGGACCAUUUGCCAUUUCUCUUUUCCUUUGGAUGUUGUGCUCUUUCAGUCAUACCAAAUGCUUUAUAGGGACCAUCACAAUUUUUUUGCUACUUCAACUACAGGACAAUCUCACCAAAUCCUAGCACCGCUGCAAACAUCUGGUGCUUUUCUUCACAUGCCUAGUAUAUAAAACCUACAGUUCUGGUAGAUCUAUCUAUCAGGCAUGUCUGGUUCAUGGGUGAGUGGCAUUUACCAGGGCCAAUUUACCCCCUGACUAAGAAAUGGCUCAGAUGUGCAGGAAUUUGCACUAUUUUGUUUAUUUUAUAGUUUUCUAUUUUGCCUUUCCUCAAGAGCUCAAGAAGGCACAGCCCAGGCCGCCUCCUUCCAAUUUUCCCUACUCUAUCAGAUAGGUUGGGUUUAAUAAGAGUGACAAGCCUAAGGCACCAGUAGGUCUCUGGCCAUGGAGGAGUGUGAAUCACCCUGGCCUUAGCCCAAUACUUUCAGCAUUAUACCAUACUGGCCCUAGUUAUGGAGCCCAGGGCUUCUGAGGGUGGGAGCAACUCCUGCUAUAUCUUACUAUGCUUUAGCACAGAGCAAAUUUUAAGGUCUCCAUUUAUGUUUCCCACAGCUGGGCAUUUUUUGCUCCUCAGUUCUUCUCCUUUAGAAAUAGCAUGUGGGUUGACUUAUCCAUUUUAGUGGGUAGAGCAAUGGUAAUUAAAGCUUAAUACUAUCAACAACCAUAGUUGUAAGGUAGCAUGGAUCAAAAGAGCUGGUCCCCAAAUAUAUGCCUACUUCUUUAAGUGUGGUGCUAAAGCCAGAACCACUAGCUUAAUUGUCACCUACAAAGGGAUGGCAGUGAAGUCCACCAGCAGAGCACAUGGAAUUUAUGUUCAACAGCAAGACCACUGGGACUAUGCAUGAAUGGAAAAAUGUUCUUUGGGUCUAUGUGUUCUAUUGACCACAAGGAACCAUGAGAAAUUGCUUUCUCCCUUAAUAUGUAGCCCAGGCCCACAAGCUAGAUGGGAUUGUGCUCCAUAGUGGGUGCUAUUUGCCACACAACUUUCAGAAAAUUUAGAUGAGUUGCUUCUAAUAACAGUUUUGAAAGUAUUAAAAUUUGUUUGGAUUUAGAAUCCAUUUUCAGAAAAGGUU